AUGUUACGUGAGUUGAUCCGCAUCAACAAACCAACGAUUUUAGCGCUAGUCGAAACUCACAUUAGUGGUGACACGGCACAAAGAGUUUGCGACCGAAUUGGUUUUUCGGGCCAAUUCCGAGUCGAUGCACAAGGUUUUAGAGGCGGUAUCAGGAUUUUGUGGAGAAAGGAACUAGUUACAUUGAAUGUGUUAGACGCUCAUACUCAACAUAUUACCGUGGAAAUCUCGAAGGUAGGAGAGGUACCAUGGAUUUUUUCAGCCAUCUAUGCGAGUCCAGACUCAAACUUGAAGAGAGAACUGUGGGAAGCCCUAGAGGAAGCCAAACGCCGUUUCUCGGGCCCUUGGAUCCUUGGAGGUGACUUUAAUGACACAACUUCUAUGGAUGAAAGGGUGGGCAUAGGAGGAUCGGAGAUGCAACAAAGAUGUCGUAACUUUGCAAAUUGGGUUGAAUCAAAUGGGCUGAUUGACCUCCACUUCUCGGGCCCAAAACACACGUGGUCGAGAGGAGAAACAGAGGACACUUUCAAAGCAGCAAGGCUGGACCGAUUCCUUUGUAAUGACGAAUGGAGGAUUCAAUUCGAGAAUUCUACGAUUCGACAUGUACCCAAAUGUAACUCGGAUCAUUGUCCCAUUAUUCUCAGUAAAUGGAAUCGAGAUAUUUUCCACAACAUUUUUCGGAAGAAAGCAGAGUUCUGGGCUAGGAUUGAUGGUGUUCAAAAGAGACUGUCAAUCAAAUGGGAAAGGAAAUGGAUCAAGUUAGAGGCGAAACUUCGUCGGGAACUAGAUGAUGUUCUACAAGAAGAGGAGAUGAUAUGGUUCCAGAAAUCACGUCUUGAGGCAAUCAAGGAUGGAGAUAAAAAUACGAAGUUUUUCCACCUUGCGACAGUGAUUAGGAGGCAUCGAAAUAAGGUGGAUAUGCUUCAAGACAUAAAUGGGCAAUGGGUGAUAGACCCUUCGAUCCUCAAAGGUAUAGUGGUGCAAUACUGGAGUGAGCUAUUCAAAGAAGAAGAUCCUAAUUAUAACAUUAGAAAUUUCAAUGCUGGAGAUUUCCCAGUGGAUUGCCCACAAAAUGCGACCCAAUUCCGGCAGAUUGGCCUAUGUAACAUUGUGUACAAGGCUGCGACCAAAGUCAUAGUGAACAGGUUGAAACCGAUACUCCCUUCGCUCAUUUCACCGACACAAUGUAGUUUUGUGCCCCGUAGACAGAUAACAGACAACAUCAUCAUCGUCCAAGAGAUGCUCCAUACAAUGAGAAAGAAACAAGGUGCAGUGGGCUAUAUGGCUCUAAAGAUUGAUUUUGAAAAAGCAUAUGACCGGUUGAGAUGGAACUUUAUUCGAAAUUCGUUGAUGGAACUACCACAAGUUAUGGUUGAGGUAAUAAUGAAUUAUGUUAGUUCAACGUCACUUCAAAUCUUGUGGAAUGGGGAGACAACUGAGAGCUUUACUCCUUCAAGGGGGAUUCGACAAGGCGACCCCCUAUCGCCGUACUUAUACGUGAUUUGUAUGGAGCGCCUCACACAUUUGAUUGAAAGAGCAGUCCAAGUAGGAGCAUGGAGGGCAGUGAGGGCAAGCCGCAAUGGACCAUAA